AGAAAGUACGUGGUGUCGAGACCGGCAUCAAUGGCGGUACUGAUGGCACCGAUGGUCGGUGCCUACUUGCUGCUACUCAGCCCUGCCACGGCGGCUCUCUACGUGAGCACCGCCAUCAUCGGCAUCUGCACUGGGGCCAUCACGUCCAUCUCCGUGGCGACCACCACUGAGCUCUUCGGGACCAAGAACUUCGGUGUGAACCACAACAUCCUUGUCACCAACAUCCCGAUUGGGUCCUUCGUCUUCGGAUACGCCGCGGCGUUGCUCUACCGCAGCCGGCGAGGCGGCGACGGGAAGUGCAUGGGGAUGGAGUGUUAUAGCACGACGUUUGUCAUCUUGGUUCACGCCGAAGUUCUUGGUCCCGAAGAGCUCGGUGGUGGUCACCACAGAGAUGGACGUGAUGGCCCCAGUGCAGAUGCCGAUGAUGGCGGUGCUCACGUACAACAACAUCCUUGUCACCAACAUCCCGAUUGGGUCCUUCGUCUUUGGAUAUGCCGCGGCGUUGCUCUACCGCAGCCAGCGAGGCGGCGACGGGAAGUGCAUGGGGAUGGAGUGUUAUAG